AUGUUGAACGGAAGCGGGAUCAAAAUAUUUUCGGGCACUAGCCACCCCGAACUUGCCGAGAUCAUUGCUCGACGCAUCGGCCUCCCCCUCUCAAAGGCAGAAAUCACGAAGAGCGGAAUCGGCGAAACCAACGUCACCAUCGCAGAGUCGGUGCGUGAAGACGAUGUGUACAUUAUCAACACUGGCUGUGGUGCGGUCAACACUGCUCUCAUGGAGCUCUGUAUCAUGAUCCAUGCCUGCAAAAUCGCGAGCGCCAAACGAAUCACCGCCGUCAUCCCUCUGUUUCCCUAUGCUCGACAAGACAAAAAGGAUAAGAGUCGGGCGCCUAUAACGGCCAAGCUUGUGGCAAACAUGAUACAGAAAGCUGGAUGCGACCAUCUCAUAACUAUGGAUCUCCACGCUUCGCAAAUCCAGGGAUUCUUUGAUGUUCCGUCAUUUAGUCUGUACGCGGAACCCUCUGCGAUCCUGUACAUUAGGACGCAUUUUAACGUCGACGAUGUGGUAAUAGUGUCGCCCGAUGCGGGUGGUGCUAAACGGGCUACGUCGAUUGCGGACCGGCUUGGCGUCGAUUUCGCAUUAUUCCACAAGGAGCGGAAGAAAGCGAAUGAGGUCUCGCGAAUGGUACUGGUUGGGGGUGUGAAGGACAAAAUUGCGAUACUGGUGGACGAUAUGGCUGACACCUGCGGGACGCUUUGUCUUGCAGCGUCUCAUCUAUCGGAGGCUGGGGCUGUAAAGGUGUUUGGAUUUGUGACGCACGGGAUUCUGAGCGGGAAUGCGCUUGCGACGGUGGAGGCGAGCAAGCUUGAGAAGCUGAUAGUGACGAACACGCUGCCUCAGCACGAGAACCAGGCGCGAUGCUCGAAGAUAGAGGUGAUCGACAUAGGGAAAGUGCUGGGAGAGGUGAUUCGACGGAGCCACUAUGGGGAAAGUGUGUCGAAGCUGUUCCACGAGGUGCCAUACUAG